UUGUGGGCAGGGUACAGUAAACAGACUCCUCUUGGGUUUCUGUGGAUGCACUCUCCCAUUAAUCAGUAAGAGAGACUCAAACAACGACUGCAUUCUUGCAACCUAGACAUGAGGAACCUGCUCACCACUCAGGACCAGAACUUCUACCGUGAACUGAUUCUGAAGGAGGCCUACACACGACUGGCGUGGAAGAUGAAAUACAGCGAGGAAUAUCCGACUAGAUUCACAACUCGCAGGUCCAAGUCAAUUGAGCCGUUUAACCCCCCGACUGUCAGUAAACUCGUACUGCCUCCUGUGGUCCAAAAGCUUGAGAAGAAACAAGGAGCCCCUGUCUUGGUGAAGCGGUCCCUGAGUGAGGCCCCUCUGAUGAGGCCUGUGAGCCCACACAUCAAAGAGUCUCUCUACCAUGGCUUUUCCAAAGAGGGCAAAGGACGACAUCUGUAUCUGCGAAAACGUGCCCAAAAAGACCCGGAGAACAAAUUUGAUUAUCCAAUCCUGUCGUCCUGGGACUAUGGUUGGAGGUUAGGUGACUAUGAGAUGGACUGCAAGACGCCGGCCCAUGGGAGAUCUGGGAUUGUGAGGAGCACAUUCUACGCCAGGAAUGGCAUUUUUAAUAUUCCCACGGCAACGGAUCAGUUUGGAUGAAAUGUCACCGUCUUUCUCG